CGGCAAGGCACUCGGAGCUUCAAGAGACUGUGGGGGAGGGGCCGGACGACAGGGGUGGGGCUGGAGUCCCAGGCCUGAAGCCACAUUGGACGACUGGGCGUGGCCGGGUAGCCCGAGGGCGGGGCGCAGGAGGGGCUCAACGUAGCCCAGCCAGCAGCAGCCCGCAGGGUCUGUGGCUGCUCAACUUCUGCUGGCGUGGAGAGAAUCAGCCGGUGGAUCGCUUCUCCCCUUCUUACGUGUGGUGGUCAGUGCGACUCCAGCAGGCCAGAUUCAGAUGGGCUUGGCGCGGUGGUUCCUCCCUUAGCUGGGGACUAAUGUCCCAGAACCUUCGGGAGAAGAGCCAGGCCUAUCGGCGACACCGACCUAGUAGCAACGCAGGCCCUAAAAGCCUCGAAGUCACCCCAGCAGCAGCCAUGUACACUUUCCUGCCUGACAAUUUUUCACCUGCCAAACCCAAGCCCACCAAAGAACUGAGGCCUCUGCUGGGCUCGGCGGUGUUGGGACUACUGCUGGUGCUCGCCGCGGUUGUGGCCUGGUGUUACUACAGCGCCUCGCUACGCAAAGCCGAACGACUGCGCGCAGAGCUGCUGGACCUCAAUCCUGGCGGCUUCUCCAUCCGUAACCAGAAGGGUGAGCAAGUCUUCCGCAUGGCCUUCCGUUCAGGUGAGCUGGACCUGGACUCCUGUAGCCGGGAGGGUGCCCGGCUUGGCUGCUCCCGAACGGUCGACGAGCGCCCGUUGUACUUCUUCAUCCAGACUGUAAAACCCAAGGACACUGUCAUGUGCUACCGCGUGCGCUGGGAGGAAGCUACACCGGGGCGUGCUGUGGAGCACGCCAUGUUUCUGGGAGAUGCUGCGGCGCACUGGUAUGGCGGCGCAGAGAUGAGGACGCAACACUGGCCUAUCCGCCUGGAUGGCCAGCAGGAGCCGCAGCCAUUUGUCACGAGCGACGUUUACUCUUCUGACGCCGCCUUCGGGGGCAUCCUCGAGCGCUACUGGUUAUCUUCCCGCGCGGCCGCCAUCAAAGUUAAUGACUCCGUGCCCUUCCACCUGGGUUGGAACAGCACGGAGCGUUCGAUGCGGCUGCAGGCACGCUACCACGACACGUCUUACAAGCCACCAGCUGGCCGUACUGCAGCACCAGAGCUCAGCUAUCGCGUGUGCGUGGGCUCAGAUGUCACCUCCAUCCAUAAGUACAUGGUUCGGCGUUACUUCAACAAGCCAUCCAGGGUACCAGCAGCAGAGGCCUUCCGAGACCCCAUUUGGUCCACGUGGGCGCUGUAUGGGCGCGCCGUGGACCAGAACAAGGUGCUGCAAUUUGCCCAGCAGAUCCGUCAGCACCGCUUCAACAGCAGCCACCUGGAAAUCGAUGACAUGUACACACCCGCCUAUGGCGACUUCGAUUUCGACGAGGGCAAGUUCCCCAAUGCCACUGACAUGUUCCACCGCCUGCGAGAGGCUGGCUUCCGCGUCACACUUUGGGUGCAUCCGUUUGUCAACUACAACUCGUCGCGCUUCGGCGAGGGCGUGGAGCGUGAGCUGUUCGUGCGCGAGCCCACGGGCCGGCUGCCAGCGCUAGUGCGCUGGUGGAACGGCAUUGGCGCAGUGCUGGACUUCACGCGCCCAGAGGCCCGAGACUGGUUCCAGGGACAUCUACGGCGCCUGCGCUCACGCUACAACGUGGAAUCCUUUAAGUUCGACGCGGGUGAGGUCAGCUACCUGCCCCGGGACUUCAGCACCUUCAGGCCUCUGCCCGACCCCAGUGUGUGGAGCCGACGGUACACCGAGAUGGCGCUGCCCUUCUUCUCGCUAGCCGAGGUCCGCGUCGGGUACCAGUCACAAAACAUCUCCUGUUUCUUCCGCCUGGUGGACCGGGACUCGGUAUGGGGCUACGACCUGGGGCUGCGCUCUCUUAUCCCUGCCGUGCUCACGGUCAGUAUGCUGGGCUAUCCGUUCAUCCUGCCCGAUAUGGUGGGUGGCAACGCGGUGCCAGAGCGCACAGUCGGCCGCCAGGAUGGGCCGGGGCCGGAGCGCGAGCUCUACGUGCGCUGGCUGGAGGUGGCGGCCUUCAUGCCUGCCAUGCAGUUUUCAAUCCCGCCCUGGCAGUACGACGCAGAAGUGGUAGCCAUCGCACACAAGUUCGCCGCUCUGCGCGCCUCACUCGUGGCACCACUGCUGCUCGAGCUCGCUGGUGAGGUCACCGACACUGGCGACCCCAUCGUGCGCCCCCUGUGGUGGAUCGCACCGGGGGAUGAAACGGCUCACCGCGUCGACUCGCAGUUCCUUAUCGGGGAUACGCUGCUGGUGGCGCCGGUGCUGGAGCCUGGGAAGCAGGAACGUGACGUCUAUCUGCCCGCCGGCAAGUGGCGCAGCUACAAGGGUGAGCUUUUUGACAAGACGCCGGUGCUGCUCACGGAUUACCCGGUCGACCUGGACGAGGUCGCAUAUUUCACCUGGGCGUCCUGACCCACUUCGAGACCUAGUAGGAAUCCCACAGCCCUAAUCCUAGCCUUCAUGCAGAGUUUUAAUCCUUUACCAUACCUAAAUGGUGCACCCUCAGGAAGUUCCCACCUAUGUUCCUCCUAGGAAAUGGGCACUGACUUAAAAGUGCUCCAGCCAACAGCUGGAAGUGCUGGAACAACGUCCUGCCCCAGUGCACAAUCCUAACAGCCCCACCCCACCCCGACAUUGACUCCAGUCUUCAGAAACAUCUUCCCUGGGUUGGAGGCCAGAGAACUCAGGACAAAGGUCUGUUCUUUCUGUUACACAGGGUCUGGUUUUAAAAGCACACAGAGAAACCUCUUCUCCCCCUGGCCUUUGUAGCCAGCCAUCUUUGUCCUCUGAGAUGAGGAACCAAUUCUCUUCGAAAGUUCCCUAAUAGUUUCCUACCAUAUUUAGAAAGUGUACCUUUAGCUGGGCGGUGGUGGCACCUGCCUUUAAUCCUGGCACUUGGGAAGCAGAGGUAGGCAGAUCUCCGAGUUAAAGGCCAUCCUGUUCUACAGGACAAACCAGGGCUACACAGAGAAACCCCGUCUUGGAAAAACAAACAAACAAAACAAAACAAAACAAAAGAAAGUGUAUCUUCUUGAGGACAGCAGCGAGGCCCUGAGCUGCUAACACACACCUGAACAGUGAUUGACCUGGUCCUACUCCAUCUGGGGAAGAAAAGAUACAGACGUUUGGUUUGGCCAGCUGACAAGGAAGCAAAAGGUCUCUUCCCAGGCAGCAGGAGAGCUGAGCUCAGCCUGAACUAACUGUCUCUGUGAACAGACUCAACACUGCACUAAUCUAUUUGUGUAUAUUCUGAACUCAACCUUGGACCCAGCCCUGGGCCGCAAGUGCCUAGUGGGCAGAUUUGCAGGGCCAUGCAGGCCGGACUCGAUGCCUUAAUUCAAGAACCUGUGUCUAUGUGUAUGUGUACACAUACUUAUGUCUGUCUGUGUGCAUGUGUGUGUGAGAGAGUGUGUGUGUGUGUGUGUGUGUGUGAGAGAGAGAGAGAGAGAGAGAGAGAGAGAGAGAGAGAGAGAGAGAGAGGAGAGAGAGAGCCACCUUGGGUCUCUAAUCCACAGAAUGAACGGAAUAUCCCCGAGGCUGGAUAAGCCUAGAGAGAAGAGGAUCCAGGGGCAAACUCAAGACUUCGAUUCUUGAGCUAGCCCCUUCCCAGAUGGUUUCCCUCGGAGGACGCCAGCCAAGUUUAAGGAUUCAAAACACUAGAGCAGCCUGAGGAGGUGACUCCAGUAGGUGAAGGCACUUACUGGCGAGCCUGACAACCUGAGUUCAAUCCCUAGGUCACGUUGUAAAAGGAAAUAAACAGCCCUUUACAAUUACUUAACUGUCAGCCGGGCAGUGGUGGCGCACACCUUUAAUCCCAGCACUGGCAGAGGCAGGCAGAUCACUGUGAACCCAAGGCCAGCCUGGUCUACAGAGAGUUCCAGGACAGCCAGGGCUACACAGAGAAACCCUGUUUCAAAGAAGAAAAAAGCCGGGCGGUGGUGGCGCACGCCUUUAAUCCCAGCACUCGGGAGGCAGAGGCAGGCGGAUCUCUGUGAGUUCGAGACCAGCCUGGUCUACAGAGCUAGUUCCAGGACAGGCUCCAAAGCCACAGAGAAACCCUGUCUCGAAAAACCAAAAAAAAAAAAGAAGAAAAGAAGAAAAAAAAUUACAUAGCUGUCUCACCGUGCACACAUGAUCAAGUGUGGCCUAAAGGGAACCAUGUUCUUACUCCGGUCAUGAUGUGUCUGGCACAUGAGUGGUGUUACACUGACUCCUGCCAACACAGUGUCGGGAAGGUCUUUCAUCUCAGAAAUUCUCCUGUUCUAAGAUCAACUCCAGUCAGGUUUUCCUGACUCUGGCUAAGUCUGGAGGAGCGGCUUGCCAGAGAAGAUGGACCCCGAGGACCACCUCUCAGCUUCCCUCAGUGGCUCUGACAGCAGCCCCUGUGCCUGGGUGAGAAGCCCUGAGCUUCAGGGUUCCCACAGAUGUCCUUCUCCAGUGCCAAUUCUUUUGUCCCUUUUCAUUGGCGGUGUUGAAGACAGUACCGGGAGCCCCAAGCAUACUAAGCAAGCUCUCUUCCAGUGAGCUACUUGCCCAGUUGGUCUUUAUUUGCCAACCAGCUGGGUGACCUUGAAUAAGCCGCUCAACCCCGCUGAGCCUCUGUGAAAGUGAUGAUGAUGCCUACCUCCAAGGCCAUUUUAAUAACAAGCACAGAUGUACAGAAAGUGCCUGGCACAAAGCAGGCGCUCAAUAAAAGAUGGCUCUUGU